AAAUAAAAAAAAGAGUGACACCACACAAGCUAUAUGGCACAUCACAGCCGAUACUUCAUAAGACCAAAAAGAGAUGAAGUAGAGAACAUGUGGGCUGCAAAGCAGGGAAUUCCAACUUCUCAGCCUCCCAAACCUCCAAAAAAGUAAAUUAUAAAAUCUCCUCAGAUAGAGCCUUCCUCGUAUAGACACGAAGAAACCAAUACAAAGUCCAAAGCCCAUCACCUCUCCAUCCCCCCAAUCGUCGCCCAAAAUAUUUGAUACAUUCAAUUUGAAGCCUGCCAUUGUUCCCCAUUUCUUACCAAAAACAGCAAACACAGAGAUCAGAGAUCAGAUCGACGGCCCUGAUUCAAUCUCCCCAUCGGGUCGCUGCCCAAUCAACCUAUUUCUGAUUUUUGCUCCAAAACAAAGUUUUCAGUUUUGUGCAUGCAUCACCGCCAUCAUCAUCAGCAUCCGUUUGAUUCAUAAUUAGGGAACCGAAUUGAUGGGGUUCUUCUCGGAUCGAACGGCCAGCGAUUCUUCAACCUCGUGCUUCGGUGUUGGCUUAAAGGCUUCUUCUUUCCCAGUUUGAACCUCGAUUUGAGGAUUGAUUGGCUCAGAGAAUUAGGGCUUUGUUUUUUGUUUUUGGAUCAAAGCAUAAAAAGGAAGAAUGAGAGUGACGAAGUCUCAGGUUUGGCAGCCUUGCAAGAAGAAGAGGUAGAGGGAACGCUGUAUUAAAAUUUGGAAAGGAAAGUUUGAGAGGAACGAUUUGGAAGAUUCUAGAGAUAGAGGGGGGAGAAAGAGUGAAAGAGAUUGGAGAUGUCGUCGAGGUCGGCGGCUGGCAGCAGGACCCGGGUCGGGAAGUACGAGUUGGGUCGGACCCUUGGGGAGGGCAAUUUCGCCAAGGUCAAGUUCGCUCGCAACGUCGAGACUAGUGAGAACUUCGCCAUUAAAAUACUCGACAAGGAAAAGGUCCUCAAGCACAAGAUGAUCGGCCAGAUCAAGCGAGAAAUAUCAACGAUGAAAUUAAUAAGACAUCCGAAUGUCAUCCGUAUGUAUGAGGUGAUGGCUAGCAAGACAAAAAUAUACAUCGUUUUGGAAUUUGUGACCGGUGGAGAACUGUUUGACAAAAUUGCAAGUAAAGGAAGAUUGAAAGAAGAUGAAGCAAGAAAUUAUUUUCAGCAGCUUAUAAAUGCUGUGGAUUACUGUCAUAGCAGAGGUGUUUUUCAUAGAGACCUAAAGCCAGAGAACUUGCUGCUGGAUGUUAAUGGGAUUCUGAAAGUUUCAGAUUUUGGACUGAGUGCACUACCUCAGCAAGUUCGAGAAGAUGGAUUGCUUCACACAACAUGUGGGACACCAAAUUACGUUGCCCCUGAGGUGAUAAACAACAAAGGGUAUGAUGGAGCAAAAGCGGAUUUAUGGUCUUGUGGUGUGAUUCUUUUCGUCUUAAUGGCUGGCUAUUUGCCUUUUGAAGAUUCCAACCUCAUGGCAUUAUACAAAAAGAUAUUCAAGGCCGACUUCACAUGUCCUCCAUGGUUCUCCUCAAGUGCAAAGAAGCUAAUUAAGAGAAUAUUGGAUCCUAACCCCUUUGCAAGAAUUACAAUUGCUGAGGUCAUUGAGAAUGAGUGGUUUAAGAAAGGAUAUAAGCCACCUAGUUUUGAACAAGUUGAUGUCAGUCUUGAUGACGUGGAUUCUAUAUUCAAUGAAUCAGGGGAAUCUCAAAACCUUGUAGUGGAGAGGCGAGAAGUACGAAAUGUGGCGCCUGUCACGAUGAAUGCCUUUGAGCUUAUCUCUACAUCCCAGGGCCUGAAUCUCAAUAGUCUUUUUGAGAAAAAAAUGGAACUUGUUAAAAGAGAAACAAGAUUCACAUCCAAAAGUCCUGCUAAUGAGAUAAUUUCGAAAAUUGAGGAAGCUGCAGGACCUUUGGGUUUUGGUGUAAAGAAAAAUAACUUCAAGCUGAAGCUUCAAGGUGAAAAAACUGGACGUAAAGGUCAUUUAUCUGUUGCAACAGAGAUUUUUGAGGUGGCCCCGUCACUCUACAUGGUUGAGCUCCGCAAGUCUGGGGGAGACACUCUGGAAUUUCACAAUUUCUACAAGAACCUGUCGACGGGGCUGAAAGAUAUUGUUUGGAAAUCAGGAGAUGAAUCAAGGAAGGAAGCGGAAGAUGGUGCCAGUGCCGUGAGGUCCAACCAACGAAAUUUCAAACCGAACCCGCCCCGCCCAACAUACAUAUCAGUCGGACCCGUAAAACCCAACCCAGAUUUGGCCAGAGAAAAAAAAAAUAGUGAGUAUCAUUUACGCGCCACGCAUUCGCUACUCGCUAUAAAACGAGCUGCCAGUACGCAUUCUCCCAUUCUCUGCUUUCGAAAAAAUUUGUGGGGAAAAUCAACGACCAUGAGAGAGGAGGUCAUCAGCUCCGGAGGGACCAUUGAUCCUACUCCUGCUGCCAGUUCGGCGGGUGCAUCUUCACCAACUGUUCCGGCAAAUGUGGGGAGUGUAGAUGGGUCUAUUCAUGGACAAGGCUCCAAAGGAGCAUCUAUAUCUUGUGUUGGUUCACAACCCCCAAUGACGUCUUUGAGCACGAGUGCUGCUGGUGGUGGUGGUGGGGGUAGUUCUGUUUUUGGAUCAUCAAGACUGUCAUGUAGACCUUGGGAAAGAGGAGACUUACUGCGUCGCUUAGCUACCUUUAAGCCUUCAAAUUGGUUUGCAAAGCCCAAGGUCAUCAGUUCAUUGGCAUGUGCUCGGAGAGGUUGGGUGAAUGUUGAUGUUGAUAAGAUUGCAUGUGAAUCAUGCAGUGCAUCCCUGGGUUUUUCUUUAUUGCCAUCUUGGACCCCUGAUGAAGUUCAAAAUGCAGCAGAAGUCUUUGUCAAGCAGCUGGAUUCUGGUCACAAAGUUGCUUGUCCUUGGAGAGGAAACAGCUGCCCAGAAAGCCUGGUGCAAUUCCCUCCUACCCCUCAGUCUGCCUUAAUUGGGGGAUAUAAGGAUAGAUGUGAUGGACUUUUGCAAUUCCACUCUCUACCUAAAGUAGCUGCAUCUGCAGUUGAGCAAAUGUGGGUUUCUCGGGGUCCACAGGUUGACCGCUUUCUGUCCCAGUCGCAGAAUCUUAUGGGAGGGGAAGUAGAUUUUAAAUCAGAAAGUAUACCAGAACUGGAAAGCUCCCGAGAUGGAGCAAUCUUUUUAUAUUCUCGUGCUCAGAGGCUUAUAAGUCUUUGUGGAUGGGAACCGAGAUGGCUUUUGAAUAUUCAGGACUGUGAAGAACAUUCAGCCCAAUCAGCUAGAAAUGGAUAUUCUAUUGGGCCUACGUAUGCCCAGAUCCAUCUUUCACAGGAACCUGGAUCAAGCAGGAAAGCAGUUUCUGCUUCUGCUAGAAAGGAUGCUGGAAAGAAUAAAGUGUUAGUUAAGGAAUCUAGAGGUGAUCUCAGGUCACCUUUACUAGAUUGCAGCUUAUGUGGUGCUACAGUUAGAAUUUUGGAUUUCUUAACCAUUCCUCGCCCUGCACGAUUUACUCCCAACAACAUUGAUAUUCCUGACACAAGCAAGAAAAUGGGAUUGACACGUGGGGCAAGUGCAGCCAGCGGGAUUAGUGGUUGGGUUGCUGCUGAUGAUGCAGAGAAAGAACAGACUGAAGACCGUGAUGAGGUAGCAACAACAACUGGGGGGAGUUUGGUUCCAAAAUCAGAUGUUGAUUUGAAUCUCACAAUGGGAGGUGGUUUCACUUUUAACCAAUUCGGCAGAACAGAAAUGUCCGGAAACAUUCACGAUGUAGAUAUGGGAAGGGAUCUGAUGAUUGGGCAACCUGCAGGCAGUGAGGUUGGUGAUCGUGCAGCUUCAUAUGAAUCAAGGGGUCCCAGCUCUCGUAAACGGAGUUUGGAAAAAGGUGGCAGCUCUGUUGAUAGGCCACAUUUAAGGACGCAGCAGGCUGAUAGUGUUGAAGGAACUGUCAUUGAUCGUGAUGGUGAUGAAGUUACUGAUGGUGGACAAUAUUCAGCUGGGCCUUCAAAACGUGCUCGUGAUUCAGAUAUUUUCGAUACGCAUUGUUCGUCUGGUGCUGGUCCGAGUCAUUCAAUGGGUCUUGAAAUUUAUGCUGAUGGUAAUAGAGUUGCUUCGUUUCAGCAAGGUAGUGAUCAAUUUGCAGGAAUCCAUUCGAAUAGGGAUUCGGCACGUGCGUCGUCAGUUAUUGCAAUGGAUACAAUCUGUCACGGUACGGAUGAUGACUCUAUGGAAAGUGUUGAAAAUUACCCGGGAGAUGUUGAUGAUGUUCAUUAUGAUACUCAUUUCCCCACUUCUAGUACAUAUGGAAAUCUGGACAUGAAUGAUACAUCAGAAUUGAAUAAUAGUAAUCAAGCUCAGCAGAGCAUUGGUUUCCAACCUGUUGCUGAUGUGAUUCCUGGGGAAAUGGGUGUUAGUAGUACAAAUGAUGGGGAAGAAAUUUUCAACACAGAAACCGUGACUGCUCAGGCGCGGGAUGGGUUUAGUUUCGGGAUUAGUGGAGGAAGUGUUGGAAUGUGUGCUAGUCAUGAAGCUGAGAUUCACGGGGCUGAUGUAUCUGUGCAUAGAGCAGAUAGUGUAGUUGGUGAUGUGGAGCCCAGAACUGAAGAUGCUGAAAAUCAGGGCCAGACAGGCGAAUCUGCCCCAGAUCCUGGACUGAUGGAUGAAAUUGUUCCUGAUGAAAUAAAUAGGGAAGAUCCACACGGUGAUAGCCAGGAGAUGCUAUCUCGAUCUGUAGGGAGGGCUGAUAGUGGCUCAAAGGUUGAUGGGUCUACUAAGGCUGAAUCUGUGGAAAGUGGUGAAAAGAUUAGUCGAAGCUGCAAGUUAGAGAACAAUGCCCGCCCUUCUCUUUCAUGCAAUGCUAAUGUUUACUCAAAUUAUAGAACAACCAAAAAGGAGGUCAAAAAUGCUGGCAAAUCUUCAUUUACGAACAAUUGUGUGUACCAAGAAUCAGAAUAUGCAGUUGCGAAUGGGAUAGGACCUCCAAAAGGUGAGAGCAAUUAUGAAGAACCUAUGGAAUUUGAUCCAAUUGGCCAUCACAACCAGUUCUGCCCCUGGGUCAAUGGGAAUGUUGCUGCUGCUGGCAGUAGUGGCCGUGGCCCUGGUACCAGUGCUGAUGUUGUUGCACUUUGUGGCUGGCAGCUGACCUUAGAUGCGCUUGAUGCUUUGCGUUCCCUGGGGCAGGCUGCAAUUCAGACGGGACAGUCCGAGUCAGCAGCAUCUUUAUACAAGGAUGAACACCAAAACCCUGGCCAGAAGCUCCUUCGACACCACUCUAUGAGUCGAAGCCAGGGGCAACAUUGAGAUGAGCAGUGAAGGAUCAGAAACCUCGCUCAAAGUCGUAAGGAACUUGAAGAGCAAGUUUCACUGGAGCCGCACCCCCUUUGCCCCUCCUUAUGGUGGUGUAAUUUAUAUAAAAGCAGGAAUCGUAGAUGCAUUUUUUGGUAUGUAACUUUAGACGCAUUUUCAUGCAGAGUUAACUUCCUUGUCUGUAUUUUUGUUCAAGAUAAUUUUUUUUUUUUUUGGGUUUACUAUUACUUAGAAAAUUAGUGAUGUGAUGGACCAAUUGGAUCUGGACAUGUUUGAACAAUUGUAAUCCCCCGCAACUUGCUUUAAUGUUAUAUCAUCUUAGACUGCAAAUAUGGGUUUCUGCUUGACAGACUAAA